AUGAUGGACGAGGAAGACGAGGAUGGAGUGGACUAUGAGGUUGACUCAGAUGAAUCCGGUGGAUCCGAUACUUCAGAUGAUAACGAAGAGGCGGAUCCGAUCCCCUCUUCUUGGAACCAUGAUUUGUCGGAGGCAAUGAUAGUCUAUGAUCGGCAUGAUUCUGCCUGGGAGUACAGCAUGAACACCAUCUCAGUUGGUGCUAGAUAUGCUGACAGGAGACAUCUGCAGGAAGCAAUCACUCAGUGGGCAAUGAACACGCAAAGGGUAUUCAGAACCACCGUUUCAAGUCAGAAAUUCUUGACAGUGGUCUGCAGCGAUGCUAGAUGUCCAUCAAGGGUGCAUGGGUACUGUCCGAAGUAUGACACAACAUGGGUGGUGAGCGACUUUGGGCCGCACACAUGUGUCCUUAAGAGUAUGUUGAAGGAUCACCGAAACCUUACAUCCACUCUUAUUGCUCGCCUGUUCUACAAGGAGAUUGUAGAGAAUACAACAAUGGGGGUUAAAGCCAUCCAGAAAAGAGUUCACCUUCAAUAUAAGUAUGUAAUUGAAUAUGGCAAGGCAUGGAGGGCUAAACAGACGGCACUGGAGAACAGAUUCGGGACCUUCUAUGAUGCUUAUGACGGUGUCGUCCGUCUCCUGCAGACAUUGAAGGACCGGAAUCCGGGCACCCAUGUGGACAUACAAGACUUUGUGAUACCAGAGUUCCCUAAUGUUAGGGUUCUGCACAGGGUGUUUUUCGCAUUCAGCAUAUGCAUCGAGGCUUUCAUGCACUGUCGUCCGGUGAUGUGUGUAGAUGGAACUUUUCUGACUGGGAGGUACAAGGAACAAAUUCUGACAGCAAUUGGAGUGGAUGGCAACAAUCGAGUUGUGCCUCUCGCAUUUGCAUUUGUUGAGAGCGAGAACACUGCUAGCUGGUUAUGGUUCUUCAGGCAGUUAAAAAAAUCGAUAGUGAAAGAUCGCGAAAAUGUGUGCGUGCUCCAUGACAGGCAUGCAGGUAUACUUGCGGCUAUCAAGACGCUGGUAGAAGCCGGACCUGAUGAAGAGACGCCAUGGCAAGAUAUGCAUAGUAGGUGGUGCAUGCGCCACCUGGGGGCCAAUUUCUUCUCGCAGUUUAGGAGUAAGGGUCUUAUGAAUCUGUUCAAGAAGUUGUGCAAGCAGAAUCAAGAAUGCAAGUACACUUUUCUCCGCGGCAAGCUGGAUUAG